CAGGAACAAAUUACUCAACUUAUUUUUAAUGCACAUUUUACUUUUAAAGGCAAUCCAAUGGUUGUUAAAUAAUUUCAAUGUCCUCUUGUAUCUGAAUAUGCAAUACCCAACAUCGAUGGCACCCCAAACAUUUAAGAUAGAGUGAAAUUUCAGGAGGAAACACAUAUACUUUAUAAAAUGAAACUCAGGAAAGACUCGUCAAACCUUUCCAGAGUGAUAGUUCAAACUUUAUUUUUGAUAUCAAGUCAAAAAUAUGUCAUAGCCACUGGACCUGAGGCAUCCUUGGGAGCUGUUGAAGGUCAUCCGAAGAAAACCGCUGCAGAAAUAAAAGACAUUUUGGUAAAAUCAAAAAUCAUUCCAGACGUCAUCACCCUCCCAGCAUCUCAUGUAGUAGAGGUAGCCUAUGGAGAAUCAAUCGUGAAUUUCGGUAACAAUUUAACAAAAGCGCAAGUCGCCAAAGAGCCUACAUAUGUACGAUGGUCGACCGAUAAGGACGCUUUUUACUCAAUCAUUUUGUCAGACGCAGACUACCCUAGACCAGCUAAGCCGACUCUGAGAGAAUAUUUUCAUUGGCUCGUUGUAAACAUCCCUGGUUGUGACAUCCAUAAGGGAGAAGUCCUUGGCGAAUACUUAGGAAAUCAAGCUGCACGUUCCACAGGAUAUCAUCGCUUUGUCUUCACAGUUUACAGACAGCCAGGAAAAACCAAAUUUGAUGAGCAUCCAAGACCCGCUGUGUACGUCAUAACAUUCAGUAUUUUAUUUAUUUUCUCUCUUUUUUUCUAAGCGUAGCUAUAGUCUACUAAUCAGACUAUAAAUUAAUUUAUUCUUGAACCAAUUACGUAUUUUUGGGGACAAUGAUUCAUAUCUCACGUUAAAUAUACACGAAAAAUGGAGCAAAAAUUAAU